GAAUAUAAACAAAUCCUUUCCUGUCAUAAAUCUGAAGAUUUUGAAUCAAUCUCUCUUCCUUUAGAUGAAUCUGAAAUUAGUAAAGCAUUUCUAACAUGUGCUAGUAAAAGUAAUAUUGUAUAUACCAA